UGACGUCACAACACGAGUUGUUUUGAAAUGUGUGUACUUUAUGAGAAGGCGCAGGAAAGCAGCGGCUUGAGGAGAACCAAAAAUCUUGUUUUGUUUGGGACACAUGUGUCUUCGGUGAAACUUUAAUUUGACUUAAUUCUGAGAUAUAGAAAAUGAUCAUUCCUGUCCGCUGUUUCACUUGUGGAAAAGUGAUCGGUAAUAAAUGGGAGGCGUACCUUGGACUUCUUCAGGCGGAGUAUACAGAAGGUGACGCCCUUGAUGCACUUGGUCUGAAGAGAUAUUGCUGUCGGCGAAUGCUUCUGGGACAUGUAGAUUUAAUUGAAAAGCUUCUUAACUAUGCACCACUUGAAAAAUAAUAUUUAUUAAUCUCAAAUCAUAAAUUAUUAAUUAAGUCUCAUAUUGAGGAGGGUUGUGAAGAAUGCGUUAUGUCUGUGCAAAACGUGUGAAUGUCAGGAAGACCGCUGUCUUUUAAAAUUCCGAAUGAUGUAAAUAAACUGUACCUGGAAACUUACUGUA